CUAAUGGCAUUGUCACACGUUCAAUUUUGAUUGAUAAGAAACAGAAAACGAAUACUCAAAAUGAUUUGAGAAAAUUUGCCCGCCUUUAUAAUGAUGGAAAUGCUGGGUGCUGGGUGAUGGGGGGUCCUGGUAAACGACAUCUCCCGUGGUGCACCUCUCUGUUUAUGUAUGACGUCGACUCUGGCCGACAACUAAUGAAUGACUACGAAAACAAGUUGGAGGAAGUUAGUGAAUUUACGAUUUAAAAAGCGCGAGUAGGUCUUUCUAACGAGGCAAACAUGUGAAAGCUUUAAAUGAUAGUGACUGGCACUUGUUUAUUUGUCCAUACAAGAAAGCGUUGGUUUUCUUUUCCCAAAUUUCCCGCUACCCACCCCGCCAGCAAGGAUUAGCCGCUUGGCAUUGCAGCUUGACAUGUAGCUCCAACUGAAGCCUCAUUUAUAAAUCCAGUUUUUACAAACCUCAUAAUAAUGGAUGUGACCGACAUUGGGAACAGAGAAGAAGGGAAGCUCAAGCAUCGAAAACCAUCUUCUGGAAAAGGUGUGUUGUUGACGGUGGUCCGUACUGCUCAGCAGACUAAGGUGCGUUUCCUCCAUGCAGCCUUUGACACCACAGGAGAAUACUUCCUGGCUGGUGAUCACCAUGGCAACAUCUAUGCCUUUGACAUAAGUAGAAACAGAUUUCAUCUAGUGCAGAAGACGGGACAGGCCUGCACUGCACUGGCGUUAAGCUUCCAUCGGAGCGCAGAGUUCCUGGUGGCUCUUGUUGACAAUACCAUCAAGUGUUUUGACCAAGACACAAAGCAGAUGGUCAGUUGGAUGCGCGGUCAUGAAGGGGCAGUUUCGUCCAUCUCCAUCCAUAGCUCAGGCCGGUAUGCUGUCACCACAUCCUCAGACACCGCUCAGCUGUGGGACCUGGACACCUUCCAGAGGAAGAGGAAGCUCAACAUUCAUCAGUCAGUUGGCAUACAGAAGGUUUUCUUCCUUCCUCUUAGCAACAACAUCCUCAGCUGUUUCAGUGACGACUCCAUUUUUGCUUGGGACAGCAACACGCUAGUGUGUGAAUACCAGCUUCCAGUGCCAGACUCUGGACCCCGGCUUUUCUACAAGGCUUUCGCUGUGACACAAGAUGGUAAGAGCCUGGCAGCUGGGGGCCGGUCUAACCUGCUGCACCUGUGGUGUUUGGAAAGCAAAACGCUGGUCAAGGUGAUCCAGAUGCCCACUCAGGUUCGGACUGUCAGGCAGCUGGAAUUCCUUUCUGACAGCUUUGAUGGAGGAUCCAAUCAGACAUUGGGUGUACUGAGCCAAGAUGGAAUUAUGCGUUUUAUUAACAUUCACACCUCCAAGCUGCUCUUCCACGUCGGCUCCCACAACACUGUCAUCAACACGGUGACCAUCAGCCCCACUGGUCGUCAUGUGGUGGCCAUCUUGGACAAUGGCAGCAUUAGUGUCUACAGCGUUCAGAGUCUCACGGAGGAUUUAAACAAAGUGGCAGUAGUCUCUGACAGUGCAGCGAAUCAGGCACCAUCGAAUCUAAAGGUCAAAUUCGAUAUGAUCCAAAGACCAGCUACUCACACAGGUCCGCCAAAACGGGUGAAGAUCCGUGCCCCCACUGCUGGGCCUGCAGUAGAGGAUAAAGAGAACCAACUCCCUGGUGGUCUGAACAAGACGCGACUGCUGGGUCUUCUUAAAACAUUUGGAGAAUAUCCUGGUAAAUACAGGAUGUUUGUGUGGCGGUCCUUGUUGUGCCUACCUGAGAACUAUGCAGCACACAGCAGUCUGACUGAUAAAGGCCUCCACUCAGCCUAUCUCACCCUCCAUGAGAAGUAUCCUAUCAAAAGUCAAAAGCUCCAGAGGGGGCUGCAGAGGGUUUUGUCUGCACUGUCUCACUGGGCUUCCAUCUUUGGAGAGGUGGAGUAUCUUCCACUGUUAGCCUUUCCAUUCGUCAAGCUCUUCCAGAACAAUCCCAUGCUGUGCUUUGAGGUGGUGGCCACUGUCUUAGUGAACUGGUGUCAACACUGGUUUGAGUACUUCCCCAACCCUCCCCUAAACAUCUUGAGCAUGGCAGAGAACAUUCUGGCGCAUCAUGACAAGGAGCUGCUGCAACACCUGGUGGACUGUGGGAUCACCUCCCAGCUCUAUGUGUGGCCUCUCUUGGAGACUUUAUUCUCUGAGGUUUUGACCCGUGACGAGUGGCUCAGACUCUUCGACAACGUCUUCUCCAACCAUCCGUCCUUCCUGCUGAUGGCCUGCGUGGCCUACCUGACGUGCUGCCGGGAGCCCCUCUUGCUCUGCUCCCAGAAAGAGGACUUUGAGUAUUUUUUCCACCAUCGGAACAACUUGGACAUGGAAGCCAUGAUUAAAGACGCCUACCGGCUGAUGAUUAAAACACCGGCUGACAUUCAGCCAAUGCGGCUGCUCUCUGACGUCACGCCGCUCACAAAAGGCCAGUACCCUGUGUUUAAUCACUACCCGGAAUUCAUAGUGGAAUAUCAGAACCGGGAGAGGGAAAAGAUACGACAGCAAGAGAUGGAAUACCUCGAGGAAAGGCAGGAGGUAAUGACGCUGCGUAAAGAUUUGGUGGCGCAACAAUCGGAAGAGGACGCCUAUUAUGUGCAACAGGAGUUGCUUCAGAAGGCUGAAGAACAGCGCAGAAAUAUCCUCGCACAGGAGGAAGAGAAACUAACACAGCAAAGGAAAAAUUUAGCAGCGAUGAAGAGAGAGCUGAAGGCGAAGGAGUUACAAAUGCUUGAUGCAAACAAAAGACGUCUCCUCCAACAUCAACAGGACCUGCAAGUCUCGCAAAUCCGUAGACUGGACCAGGAGAUCACAAGGAAGAUGGAUGUCCGUGAGCAGGAAACAGCAGCAGCAGUCCAGGAUCUGGACAUCAGGCAGAUGGAGCUGGAGGUGCAGCGGAGGCAGCUUGAGCAGGAACUGUGCAAGGAGCAACUUCGCAUCGAACGACAGGUUGAAGAUGUGAGGAUGAAAAGGUCAGACGGAGAGAAAAGAAACAUGCAGGGGCUGGAGGGCUUCCCGGCAGCGGAGGCACGCCAGCUGGGCGCCGACCGCAACUGGCAACGGGACGCCGCUGCCGAGCGCCUCCAGCACGCCGACGGCGAGCUGGAGAAGAGAAGGCGAACGCUGGCGGGAGGGGACAGGUUGAUGCACAUCCCGAGAAAUGUGGCUGGACAUGAGUGGGAUGAAGUGGUGUAUCAGACAGGGCACAUAGUGAAGCAACAGCAAUCCAGGCCUGCAGCAGACACAAGUUAUUCAAGACCAGGCUUCAACAUCAGUCGUGUCAGGAAGGCCACCGCCAAGCCAGCCACACCGAAGCAGGCGGGAAGCAACGCCAUGGUGUGUCUGAACAGCAGUUCCCCCACAGAGAGCACUGGCACAAAUUUCUCACUGGACAGAGGCCGGGCACAUUUGGACAGCCAAGAGAGACAACUGAUUAGGGAAAUGAAUUGUCUGAGAUUGAAGCUUGCUGCCAGAGCCAUAGAGGACAGCUUUGCCUCCCGGUGGUCACUCGACACGCCACACGCCGCCUCCUACUGACCACUAGCUCUUACUCAACUUCAAACAUUUCAACUUGUCACUGUACUUUGCUCAUCACAUUAUUUAACAUUUACAUGCAUGUUUUUCAUGCUGUAUAAUGUCUUUAACAUUGAGUCAUGUUUAUUGGACAUAUUUUAAAGGCUGUUUUACUUACAUUUUUUUUUGUAGAUUACUUUCACUAUUGGAACUGUCAAACUUUCAAUAGAUGGCCACUUUUAGUCAUGAAUGGCAGCAUGUAAUAAGCUCUACAUUUUUCUUGUAUUAUUUUUUGGGGGUGUUAAUUGCAAUUUAUCAUUUCUGUGGAUAACAUUUGCAAAGGGGUUGAAUAGUUUUUGCUCAUGCUAUACAAGCACAAAACCAUGGGUAAAACUCCAAAUUGUGCCUUUAAAAACAUCUUUAUACAUAACAUUUGGGUAUAGAACAUGUCUACAUUUUAAAAUAUGCUUUAAAAUCUCAGUUCUCUGAGAAUUAUUUCAUCCAGUGACACACUUUAUAUGAAGGCACACAUUACAUUUAGGCAGCCUAUUAAAUUACAGUGCAAAAAAGCCCAACUUCUCCAUCCAGUUAUUUUUGUUUGGUUCACCACGCUUUGUAGUGGACAACACGGAAGCAUCACGACUUGGUGUCGCUUGGCCCGCGACGUCCAUCAGCAUCCAGAACCCUACUCAUUAAGAUCUUAUUCCACCAGCGCUCCCCGAAGCUCUGCACACAAACACUAGACAGACUCUUGCCGUCCUGAUAUUCCUCCCUCAUCUUCUCUGGGUUCAGGUCCUCUGACAUGACCUGGCAAUAAAAAGACACGUGCACAGGUGUCAAACCUAAGGCCUGCAAGGCAGAUCUGACUUCUGUUCAAAACUAGUCUAUCAUAAAAAUGAUGACAAUCAAAUGGAGAGCCUACCUAGGCAUGACGUAAAUGUGAAAAUCAGUGGAGCACAAGAAAUAAAGUACUGCAGUAAAAACACAACUAAGUGUUAUUCAAACUGCCUAACCCAAUGCCAUCCUUAGUGGGGUUUUUUUAAUCGCAUAAUAAUUCACACAAUGUUUUCUGCCUCCUUCAUUUCCUAAAAAGCCAAACUACUGAUGUUGCAUUUUCCUAAAAAGAAAAGAUUUAAGAUGUUAACAUUUCAUUUUAAAUGUCAUUA